GCCUGAGUAUGCCGGGAUAUUAACGUCAAAUGAUGACCUUGCUGACAACGCUGGCGUUCAGAUGGCUUAUAAAGCUUAUAUUAAAGCACACACAGAGGAAUGUGCGACUGCAGACACUCCUCAAACAUGUCCAGGGAACAUCACCAGAUCGCAGCUGUUCUUCCUCACGUAUGCUAGGACACAGUGCAGACUAGCAGACAAUGCUACGCUCAUCCGAGAGAUAACGCGUCCAGGAUACAGCCAUCCGCGAAACAGGGUCAACCUGGCCAUGCAAAAUUUUGAAGAAUAUGCUAAGGAAUUCAACUGUACACGUGGCUCCAAUAUGUAUCUGUCCGGAAAUAAAACCUGCUCUUUUUGGUGAAGAAGAACCAGACGACUAUGGCGUUAAAUAUCUGUUUUGUGUUUUGAAAAGGUAAAUAAAUAAAUACUAUCGAUCAGAAA